CGCCCGCCGGGUGCAUGGACAGGAGCUCCCUGCUCCAGCUCAUCCAAGAGCAGCUUGACCCCGAAAACACUGGCUUCAUCGGGGUGGAGACGUUCGCCAGCCUCGUGCACAGUCAUGAGCUGCCCCUGGAUCCUGCCAAGCUGGACAUGCUGGUGGCCCUGGCACAGGGCAAUGACGAGGGGCAGGUCUGCUAUCAGGAGCUGGUAGACCUGAUCAGCAGCAAGCGCUCGAGCAGCUUCAAGCGCGCCAUUGCCAACGGGCAGCGAGCCCUGCCCCGCGAUGUGCUGCUGGACGAGACUGGCCUGGGCUUCUACAAGCGCUUCGUCCGCUAUGUGGCCUACGAGAUCCUGCCCUGCGAGAUGGACCGGCGCUGGUACUUCUACCAGCACCGCACGUGUCCGCCCCCUGUCUUCAUGGCAGCCGUCACCCUCACCCAGAUCAUCGUGUUCCUCUGCUACGGGGCCCGCCUGAACAAGUGGGUGCUGCAGACCUACCACCCCGAGUACAUGAAGAGCCCCCUGGUCUACCACCCUGGGCACCGGGCACGCGCCUGGCGCUUCCUCACCUACAUGUUCAUGCACGUGGGGCUGGAGCAGCUGGGGUUCAACGCCCUCCUGCAGCUGAUGAUCGGGGUGCCCCUGGAGAUGGUGCACGGCAUCCUGCGCAUCAGCUUCCUCUACCUGGCCGGCGUCCUGGCAGGCUCCCUCACCGUCUCCAUCACGGACAUGCGGGCCCCCCUGGUCGGGGGCUCAGGGGGUGUCUAUGCGCUCUGCUCAGCCCACCUUGCCAACGUUGUCAUGAACUGGGCCGGGAUGCGCUGCCCCUACAAGCUGCUGCGGAUGGUGCUGGCGCUGGUGUGCAUGAGCUCAGAGGUGGGUCGUGCCGUCUGGCUCCGUUUCUCCCCACCGCUGCCGGCCUCGGGCCCCCAGCCCAGCUUCAUGGCCCAUCUGGCAGGGGCCAUUGUGGGCAUCAGCAUGGGGCUGACCAUCCUGCGCAGCUACGAGGAGAGCCUGCAGGACCAGUGCGGCUGGUGGGUCCUGCUCCUCUCCUACGGCACCUUCCUCCUCUUCGCGGUCUUCUGGAACAUUUUCGCCUACGACCUCCUGGGGGCACAGAUCCCUCCCCCCCCCUAACACCCCCCCACCCCAACCCCAGCCCUUUUUUGGUUGGCCAAGCCCGGUGGAGGGGGGGGGUGUCCCGCGCGUGACAUGGGGACAGGCCACCCCCCCUGCCCGCCUGCCCCCUCGGUGCUAGCAAGCGCGCCGCCCCCCCCACCCAGGGGCUGCGUUCCCCCUCCACCCAAAAUGCACCCUGGCAAGCCCCCCCCUUCGCUGUGCCCAGCUCCCACUCCCCCUCAAGGAUGCUUCAGCUCUACCCUGGCAUUGCCAACCCCCCCACCUGGGGUGCCUGUGGGGCGCGGGAUGUGCCCCCCAGGAGGCAGCCAAGCAGGGGGAAACCACCCCCACUUGCUUCUGUAUCCUCUUUCCGGGGUGGGGGCCGACUCGUUGCCCCCCAGGACCUGCAUUUUCACACCAAGGACUGGUGCCAAAAUAGGAAUGAUUUAUUUUUCUAUACCAAAAUAAAUAUAAAUGAGAGAAUACUGUGGGGAGAGCCCAGCAGGAAGGCAAAUCAGCUGAGAUUGGCACAACUCAUUUCAGCAGUGCCCUCGGCGGCGCAGCCAGCCCCCCCCCCCCGUAUCCCGGCCCCUCCGCUUUGCUGCCAGCCGCCCUCCCCGCGGCGGGGGGCUCACCCCGGGAUGGGGGCGCGGGGGGGCCCCCUGCUCCAACCACCUCCCCACCCCGACCUUUUUGGAGUAUAAAUAAAUAUUUUGC